UAAAAAUUACAAAAAAAUUAGCUGGGCAUGGUGGCACGUGCCUGUAAUCCCAGCUACUCUGGAGGCUGAGGCAGGAGAAUUGCCUGAACCCAGGAGGCGGAGGUUGCGGUGAGCCGAGCUGAGAUCAUGCCAUUGCACUCCAGCCUGGGUAACAAGAGCGAAACUCCGUCUCAAAAAAAAAAGAGAAAAGAAAAGGUGCUUACUCAUCAUGAAGAUGCAAAUUCAAACACAAGGACACGACAGGAAACGCCCACCACAACGCCCACAAUUGAAAACGUGUAUGAGAAUGCAGAAACCGGACCUGUUACACACGCCUGUGGGCAUGUAAAUUAGUAGGAGUACGUUGGGAAUCCGUUUGGCAGUAUCUGCCAAUCGUCAAUAUUCACCUGCCCUAUGAUGGUAGUCCUACUCCUAGGUACGUCCCUGGAAAAAUCAGUGCGUAAUUCCUUUGGAGGACAGGUAGAAGAAUCUUCAGAGAGGCAUUACUUAUAACAGGCGAAAGUUGAAAAUAUAAACGUCCACUAAGAGUAGAAAAUGUUGGUCGGGCGCAGUGACUCAUGCCUGUAAUCUCAGCACUUUGGGAGGCCAAGGUGGGCAGAUCAUGAGGUCAGGAGUUCAAGACCAGCCUGACCAACAUGGUGAAACCCCACCUCUACUAAAAAUACAAAAUUAGCCAGGCAUGGUGGUGUGGACAUGUAAUCUCAGCUACUUGGGAGGCUGGGGUGGGAGAAUUGCUUGAACCCAGGAGGUGGAGGCUGCAGUGAGCCGAGAUCAUGCCAUUGCACUCCAGCCUGGGCAAAAAAGAGCAAAACUGCAUCUCAAAAAAAAAAGCAGAAAAAUUGUAAUAUUUAAUGCAAUAAUAGCAGUAAAAAAAGAAUAAAUUACAUUAUGGAUGAAUCUUGUAUAUAGAAUAUUGAGUGAAGAGAGCCACAUAGGAAAACGAGACUGGACCAGUCACGGUGGCUCAUGCCUGUAAUCCCAGCACCUUGGGAGGCAGAGGCAGGAGGAUCACUGAGCCCAGGAGUUCGAGACCAGCCUGGGCCUCAUGGCGAGACCCCAUCUCCACAAGAAAUAAAACAAUUAGCUGGGCUGGUGGGGCUUGCCUGUGGCCCCAGCUACUCGGAAGGCUGAAGUGGGAGGAUCGCUUGAGCCUGAGCGGGUGAGGCUGCAGUGAGCCACGAUUGUGCCACUGCACUCCUGCCGGAAUGACACGGCAAACCCUGUAUAAAAAAACAAGGGCGGGGGACUGUAAGGUUCCAUUUAUGUGAAAUUCAAGAACAACUAAAAACAAUCAAUGAUUGUAAGAGCCAAAAUGAAAGUUAACACAGGGGACAAGGGAUAAGGAUGUCGUGUAUCUGGAUUUGUGUGGUGGUUCACCUAGGUAUACAUGUGAAAAGCCAUCAGAUUUUAUCAUUAAGGUUUGUGCUCCUUACCGUAUACAUGCCGAGUAAUAUCUAGAUGUUUAAAAUGCAAUGGGAGCAUAGAGAAGGAAGCACCUAACUCGGAGUAAAGAAAUCUGGGCUGACUUCACUGGGAAUGUUUGAACUGAAUCUUGAAUUCAGGAGCUUGUCCAUAGAGGGCCACGGAUCUCCCAUGCAGAGAGAACCACAGAAUCUUCAGCAAUCUGGUGAGAGUUUGGUGUAAGAUGAUAGUGGCCUGGGGCUUGAACAAAAGUUAGGAGGCUGAGCGUGGUGGCUCAUGCCUGUAAUCUCAGCACUUCUGGGAAGCUGAGGCGGGCGGAUCACAAGGUUAGGAAUUUGAGAUCAGCCUGACCAACAUGACAAAACCUAGUCUCUACUAAAAAUAUAAACCUUAGCCAGGCGUGGCGGUGGGCGCCUGUAAAUCCCAGCUACUCGGGAGGCUGAGGUGGGAGGAUUGCUUGAGUCUGGGAGGCGGAGGUUUCAGUGAGCCGAGAUCACACCACUGCGCUCCAGCCUGGGUGAGAGUGAGACCCUGUCUCAAAGAAAAAAGUGUAGUACAGGAAGGAUGCCACACAGGGAGUCAGCCGAGGUCCAGGUUAGGGGAAAGGAAAUGCGGUGGCUGCCUGCUCAGUGCUGUUCUGCCAAAGAGCCCAGAUUCUGAGCGGUGGCACAUGAGGUCCCGAACAGCUGGGGUGUGGAAAGCGCCGCUGCCUGGGGGCAGCGGAGGGUGAGGUGUUUCUCACGGGGGCAGCCAGUGACUCACCAGGACGGUGGUGCUCAUGAGGCCACGCCUCCUGCUUCCUGCCUUGGAAUCACAUGAAAAUGAGCCGAGGGUGGGUCAGCAGGCCCGGGCUGUCCGGGGAGAGGAUGCGCCGUCAGUGCAGGCCUGUGGGCUGGGGCGUGGGGCGCACACGCGCGCCUUGGUGGCCUUACAUACACACAGAGCCCCCGGGCCCUCCUGUCCAGAGUCCUGAAAGGACGACCUUCAGCUCCAGCCCUGCCUCACUCUGCCACCCAGGCUGGAGCCGGGCCCUGGGGCUGCAGCAGUGGACACCACUCUGAAGAGGCAGCCUUUCUCCGGGGUCUCCCGCAUUCUGAUUCUUGACUGCAGAUGCAGGAUGCUGUCCUCUCUCUGCACGCUGGCUUGCUCACGGACUUGCUCCCGGAUCCUAGGGCUGAGCCUUGGGACUGCAGCCCUGUUCGCUGCUGGGGCCAACAUGGCACUCCUCUUUCCUAACUGGGAUGUGACCUACCUGUUGAGGGGCCUCGUUGGCAGGCAUGCCAUGCUGGGAACUGGGCUCUGGGGAGGAGGCCUCAUGGUACUCACUGCAGCUUUCCUCAUCUCCUUGACGGGCUGGAGAUCCGGCUGCUUCAGGAAGAGUGGGCUCUGUCCAAGUGUGCUCGCUGGUCUGCUGUCAAGUGGCCUGGCUCUACUUGGAGCCCUGAUUUGCUUUGUCACUUCCGGCGUUGCUCUGAAGGACGGUCCUUUUUGCAUGUUUGACGUCUCAUCCUUCAAUCAGACACAAGCUUGGAAAUAUGGUUACCCAUUCAAAGACCUGCAUAGCAGGAAUUAUCUGUAUGACCGUUCGCUCUGGAACUCCGUCUGCCUGGAACCCUCGAAAGCUGUUGUCUGGCAUGUGGCCUUCUUCUCCGCCCUUCUGUGCGUCAGCCUGCUGCAGCUUCUUCUGGUGGCCGUUCACGUCAUCAACAGCUUCCUGGGCCUUUUCUGCAGCCUCUGCGAGAAGUGACAGGCAGUAUCUUCACUUUCCAGCAUGGGUGUUUUCAUCACCGGCCGCCUUGAGUCCUUUCUACAAGGAGUGGUUAUAAACCAACCUCCCCUUGAGGCAUCCCUGGAAUAACGAUAACAGAAUUCACUGCAUUUGGUGGAAUAAUAAAAUGCAUUUUAAAUCACGUUGUAAACUUGCAGGUGACGCAUGCAUAGGAUAAAUAAUUAAGCCAUUAUAGAUGUGUAAGAAUUUAUAGUCCGUAAAAUGUCCUACAGCC